GUUUUCACAUAGAAAGCUCAAAAUCUUUUUAAAUUAGGUUCAUUUCUAAGGGAUCAAAGGCUGAAAGAUUUGUUCAUUUUUAUCCUCAAUUAGCCACUUUCAAGUAAGUAUAUGUACAUAUAUUUUCAAGGUUUGGAACAUUGAAAACUGCCCCUUUUGUAAGCAAAGAGAUGGAAGCCAUAUCCAUCGGAUCUGAUCCUCAUCUUUAUUUUCAAGUGGGAAAGAUAAAAAUCAGUGAGGGAAUGAAGUGUUUGCAAGAUUUAGUACAAUGGUACAAGGACAACUUGAUCCCAGAAAGUGCUGGAAGGGUUAAUGAAAUCAUGGCCUAUCUUCAAUCUCUUCAACGACAAGUAGUACAAGAGAUUGAAUCUUUAGCACAGCAGGGAGAAGUAUCUGUAUCUUCCAAUGUUGAUGGAACAAAUCUGCAAUGUCGACAGGAAAUCAUUCAAAUAAGUGAAGAAAAUGCCUAUUUUGGACCUACUCUAAAUCAGGAGAUUGAAAUUGUGAUGAAUCCGAAUAUAGACAACACAUCAAGUGCUAAAAGAAGAAAGUUGAAAUCAAAGGUUUGGGAGGACUUCAAAAAGUAUGAAGGAAUAAAUGGAAAGGAAUGGGCUAAAUGUAAACACUGUAAGAAAGACUUUGUAGGUUCAAGUAAGAGUGGAACAACACAUCUCAGAAAUCAUUUAAAAAGUUGCCCAGGUAUAAAGAAUCUAGGUGGAGGUGUAGAAAAAGCAAAAGAGAAAAGUGUGAUAGAUCCAGAAUUGAAUGGUUCUGAUUUGGUGCUAAAGAUUAUUAAGUAUGGUUUUGUUGAACAUGGGAACAAUUCUAACUUGGUUUUAUUGAUUGCAAUAAUUUUGGAUCCACGAUACAAAAUGGAUUAUUUAAAACAGAUUUACAAAGCGAUAUAUGGUAGUCAAGGAGACGCACACUUGAAGAAAAUCAUUGAUGAUUUUACAAAUAUUUACACUAAAUGUGUAGAGGGCACUAAUAAUUCUAAAUCAUCAUCCUCUCUAGACAAUGGUGAUAGUAAUUCCUUAAGUACUCCAUCAAAAAAGCUAGACACCAUGGAGAGAUCAUUUGCAUUUUCUCAACAUGUCAAUGAUAUUGCUACACCAGAAUCAGAAUUCGGUCGCUACUUGAGAGAUUCUGAUGGUCCCCGAGUUGGUGAAGACUGUGAUUUACUGGAAUGGUGGCAUCUCAAUUCUCCAACCUAUCCAACUCUGGCAAAGAUUGCACGUGAUUUCUUACCAUCGCCUAUCUAUACUCCUCCGCUAGUGAAAUUAAGGAUAAGUAUGGUUGCAGUAUCAAACUGGUUUUGGCACAUAUAAAUGUUUGGUUGAA